ACUCUAAAAACAGCAAGAGAAUGCCAAAAGCAGCAAUUCCAAAAAUAGUAAAGAUAACUCCAAAAACAAGGAAAACAAGAACAAGAAGAAUGCCAAUGAAAUAACAAGAAUGCCAAAAGUGCCAAGAAUGCCAAGUCCUCGCCAUCUCCCGACAAAAAGAGGAGGAGUGAGGGACCAGAAAAUAGCCGCAGUUCAAAGAAGGCGAAGUUGGAGGAACCUGAAGUUGAAUACACAUCACCCAAGAGAAAUAACAGAAGGUCGCUUGUUGAUGAAAACAGUGACUUCAAUUCAGUGGCCCUGGAAACUUUGUUGAUGAGCUAUUUAAGCACAAGAUGAGCUGGCCAUUCCACAAAGCUGUGUCAAAGAAGGAGGCUCCAGACUACUAUGAUAUUGUAAAGAAACCAAUGGACUUUGGUAGGAUCCGAGAAAAGCUAAACAGCCUAAAAUACGGAACAGAUGAUGAGUUCAUAGCAGAUGUCAUGCUUGUUUUCCAAAACUGCCAGCAGUACAACAUGCAAGACACGGAUGAGUACAAAGCUGGCACAAAACUCUCUAGCUUUUUUAUGAAACGACUACAAGAUCUGGGUUUGAAUUACCGUGAGGAGCCCAUGCAGGAAAACAAGAAGAGGAAGCGAUUCAUCCUUAUUCAAGUGCACUUUACAAUGGCAAGGAGAUCCCUCCUUUUUAUUGUCUCUGGGUAUAAUCGUGAUUUUUAG